CCCAGGGCCAGACCUGGAACUACAACCCCCAGGCUCCCCUCGCGGCCGCACGUGGUCCAGCAGCCCCUGAAAGAAAAGUGCAACAGCUUGGCUCAGUGGAAACCGCGUCCCCCGUGCACGGGAGCAACAGGGUGGCCAAAGUGAGCGUGGCGCCAACCGGAGGAGCAAAGCCCUUCCAGAAGCUCCAUGGCCUUCCCUAAGAAGAAACUCCGGGGUCUUGUUGCUGCCACCCUCACCCCAAUGACCGAGAAUGGAGAAAUCAACUUUCCUGUAAUUGGUCAGUAUGUGGAUUACCUGGUUAAAGAACAGGGCGUGAAGAACAUUUUUGUGAAUGGCACCACGGGAGAAGGCCUGUCCCUGAGCAUCUCUGAGCGUCGCCAGGUGGCAGCGGAAUGGGUGACACAGGGGAGGAACAAGUUGGACCAGGUGGUGAUUCACGUGGGAGCACUAAGCGUGAAGGAGUCACAAGAACUGGCCCAGCAUGCAGCAGAAAUUGGAGCUGAUGGCAUUGCUGUCAUUGCACCUUUCUUUUUCAAGUCACAGAGCAAAGAUGCCCUGAUAAGUUUCCUGAGGGAGGUGGCUGCUGCAGCCCCUGCUUUGCCUUUUUAUUACUACCACAUUCCUUCCUUGACAGGGGUAAAAAUUCGUGCAGAAGAGCUGCUUGAUGGGAUUCGGGAGAAGAUCCCCAGCUUUCAAGGACUGAAGUUCAGUGACACGGAUCUCUUAGACUUCGGGCAGUGCGUGGAUCAGAAUCAGCAGCGACAGUUUGCUUUGCUGUUUGGGGUGGAUGAGCAACUGCUGAGUGGUCUGAUCAUGGGGGCAAAUGGAGCCUUUUGUAUCCAGAGAUUUAUCAACCAUGUGAUCAAACUCGGUUUUGGAGUGUCACAAACCAAAGCCAUCAUGACACUGGUCUCUGGGAUUCCAAUGGGCCCACCCCGGCUUCCUCUGCAGAAAGCCACCCAGGAGUUUACUGCUAAGGCUGAGGCCAAGCUGAAGAGCCUGGACUUCCUUCCUUUCCCUGGUUUAAGGGAGGGGAACGUGGGAGCCUGCAGCUAGUGAGUCUGGGUAUGUUUACUGAGACUUCACCAUCUUCAAUAGUACGUUCUCUUCUCAGGGACUUUUUAGAUGAUUUUGAGCUAAGCUUUUAGCAAAUGGAAUCCCACACUAAUAAAUA